GGUCCCGAUUCGGAAAGCUUUGACUCGGUCCUGUUGUUUUCAUGUUCUGUAAUUACGCGUGUCUGGUUGCGCGAUAUUGCUCAAGCCGGUUCCGCAAUCAGUAUUACUGACUGACCCGCCUGUUGCAAAGCUGCGCUUCUAGAACAGACUACCUCUGAAUCACUGUGGUUCAGUCUGACAAACUCCAUUUAAAUACAUAUUGCAAAUGUGUUCUUACUGAACCAGGGCUACAUACUAUAUGACACAGGCAUAUUCUGGAAGAGCUUCAAGCUAACGGUCAAGACUGAUUUAGUUUACGGGGCUGAGUUGUUUAUUGUCAACAACAAAUCUGUACUUCCAGAAAUCUCAAUGAGAAGCAUCUCGCUUGCACAGACUCCGUACAGCCGGUAUAUGCUGUAAUGCCCAUAUUUGUAAACAGCCUGAUAGAAAUCUCAAGGGCAGCCAGUACCUGAACAGAAAACAAAACAGCGAGCUUCUGACAGGAAAUGAUGUCACAGUACCCCGAGGUGCAUGAACACUCCCUAAUCACCUGGGAAGGGAGUAGAGCAAAUAACAGCCAGGCAAACAGUGUGAGAGAACAGGGAAGCUCAAGGUACAGAGCUGGGUAAAAACAACAGAACAAACAGAGUGUCAACUACUGGACAUGGAGCACCAGGAGAGCUCCCCCUCGGGAAUGGGGCUGCUCAAGACGUUUGACUGUGAUGAGUUUGGGAAGUGGGAGAAAAUUGGUUCUGGUGGAUUUGGGCAAGUUUACAAAGUGAGACAUGUACACUGGAAAACAUGGCUGGCAAUCAAGUGCCCUCCCAGCCUGCGCGUGGAUGAAAAGGAACGCGCCGAGCUGCUCGACGAAGCCAAGAAAAUGGAAAUGGCCAAGUUCCGCUACAUCCUCCCAGUGUACGGCAUCUGCCAGGACCCCGUCGGACUUGUCAUGGAAUACAUGGAGACGGGAUCUCUGGAAAAGCUUCUGGCCUCGGAGCCGUUACCAUGGGAACUGCGCUUCCGCAUCAUUCACGAGGCGGCCGUGGGGAUGAACUUCCUGCACUGCAUGAACCCCCCCCUGCUGCACCUCGACUUGAAGCCGGCCAACAUCCUGCUGGACGCACAUUAUCACGUGAAGAUCUCCGAUUUUGGAUUGGCGAGAUGGAACGGGUUCUCGAGCACCGAUGACAUCAGCAGAGACGGUUUCUGUGGCACGAUCGCGUACCUCCCCCCGGAGAGGAUCAAGGGCAAACACAGGACCUCGAACACCAAGCAUGAUGUUUACAGCUUCUCCAUUGUGAUCUGGGGCAUACUGACACAGAAGAAACCAUACGCAGAAGAAAUCAACAUCCUGCACAUAAUGGUGAAAGUGGUGAAGGGGCUGCGUCCGGAGCUGUCUGCCAUCCCUCGCUCCCGACCGCAGGCCUGCAGCGGCUUCAUCAGCCUGAUGGAGAGAUGCUGGCUGGACACCUCCAGCAAGCGCCCGUCCUUCCAAGAAAUUACUUCGGAGGCAGAGGAACUGUGUUCUAAACCACAGGAGGAAACCAAAGAUAUGCUCGAUGAGCAGGACACAGAUACCAGCCAGAGGCAAGAUGCCAGCAGCCAGGAGAUCGUUGUGGAGCAGAUGGGGAUGAAGUCCGCUCCGAUGGCUGCUGACAAAGAUUACAGUCUUUCUGAGCUUCUGAGCCAGAUAGACUGCGGGAUUUCACAAAGCUUCGGCUGCAUGAAGGAAAACUCUGAGUGUAAAGAGAUGACCAGCAAGAGGCUCUCGGGAAUCUCCUCUGUGGACUCUGCCUUCUCUUCUCAAGGGUCCUUGUUGCUGUCAUUUGAAAAAGAAAACUCUUCCAGCGAAUCUGGGACUUUAGAUCUGCAGAAGAAGAAGCUUUGCGAGGCCAUCAUGUCUGAAGACAUUGCCAAACUGAUGAAGAUCCUGCAGCCUCAGGACGUGGACCUCGUCUUGGAAGACGGCCUGAGCCUCCUGCACUACGCCGUCCAGCUGUCCAACGACGAGGCCGUGAAACUGCUCCUGCUCUACAACGCCAACCCCAACCUGGCCAACAGCCGGGGCUCCACCCCCAUCCACCUGGCGGUGGAGAAGAGGCUGAAGAACAUCACAGAACUCCUGCUGGGGAGGAAGACCAAUGUGAACGCCAAGGACGAGGACCAGUACACCCCCCUGCACUUCACAGCGCAGAGCGGGGACGAAACCAUCGCCAGGCAGCUGCUGGACCGGGGCGCCUCCAUCAAUGAGACGGACUUCGAGGGCCGGACGCCGCUGCACAUCGCCUGCCAGCACGGCCAGGACAAGGUGGUGCGGGUCCUGCUGAGCAGAGGGGCCGACGUGCACCUGAAGGGGAAGGACGACUGGGCGCCGCUCCACUUCGCAGCCUGGCAGGGCCACCUGUCAAUCGUCAAGCUGCUGGUGAAGCAGUCUGGGGCCCACGUCAACACCCAGACCUCCGACGGGAGAACCCCGCUGCACCUGGCCGCUCAGAGGGGCCACUACAGGAUGGCGCGCCUCUUGAUCGAGCUGGGCGCUGACGUCAGCGUACCGACCGCCACGCUGCGUACCCCGCUGCACGUGGCUGCUGAAACUGGGCACACCAGCACCUCCAGGCUGCUCCUCAAACACAAAGCGGACCUGGAGGCAAGAACUGGGGUAGGGUGGACUGCUCUGCAUCUCGCUUCCCAGUUCGGCCAUCUCCCGACAGUUAGACUGCUCAUCGACGAGCAAGCCAAUGUUCACGCCAAAGACCACGACCACAGACCGGCUUGCCAUUUGGCCGCUGAGGAGGGCCAUUCAGAGGUCAUAAAGGAGCUCCUGCUGUCCAGCUCUGAAAGUGUGAACCUGGCUGACAAGCAGGGCUUCACCGCUCUCCAUCUGGCUGCCAAAGGAGGGCAUCUGCAGGCCGUCCACACCCUGCUUGCACACGGCGCCCUGGUGAACUGCCAGAACGCUGCAGCUCAGACUCCCCUGCAGCUUGCACAGGAGAAUGGGAAGACCUCCGUGGUGAAGCGGCUGCUGCAAACUGAAGACCAGAUCGAGGAGAAAGUGUCCUGAUCUUUGAACCGCACACGCCGGGAGUAUAAAAUGAAAACCCAGACGGGUCACCUGCAGCUGCCACGGGUUCAUAAUCCCACAUCUUUAAUCUGUCGUUGAGUUGGAAAGUACAAACAUUUCUUUUUAAAACAUUAUUUUUUAUUCUUUGCAUGAAUAGGAGCCGUUUUGAAGAAAUAGUGGAAGUUCCUGCAGUUUUAUGCAAGGAUAAUGAAGUACUGUACAAGCAAAUGCAACAUUCGUGAUGUACAAUAUGUGUAUUAGAAAAGCAGUUCUGGUCAGGGCACAGUUUGCUCGGCCAAAUUUGAACCGUUUGCUGUAAAUAUGCUUUGUCAAAACUGAGGGUUUUUUAGUCUGUUCUUGUUUUAAUCAAAAGGAGAAAAAAAGAAAGAUUAAUAUCUGACCUAUUUCUUUUAAUUCUACAAAAAAAAAACAAAGUUGUUUAAGAUUUUGUUUCAUACUGUCAAUGUAAAUUGUAUUUUUGCAGAUGUUUUGAUCUCUCGCGCAUGUGUGAUAUUUAAUAUUGUUGUAUAUUUUACGAUUCCAAUGUACAUGUUUUUUUUAUGAUUGCUAAGAUAUUGCACACUUUCACUUAAUGGGAUCUGGGGUCUAAUGUUAAUGACCAAAACAGCGGUCCUAAUAGUAUUCCCAGUACUGCAGCUGCUCAACCUGGCGACACACCUGGAGUGUAACUUACUGACAGUGGAGAACGUGCAGAACUCUGCAUUGUCUCAACCGCACUUAAACCACGUGCACUGGACACCCCACCGCACAAACACGUGGCCUCGUCCACUGUACAGAACGUGGCUCAGGACUGGAGCCCGUAGAGUUUAAUCUAGAAAGCGACCCACCAAUAUGACCUCUAAACAGAGUUACAGUGCAGUCUAGAAAGGUUUCUAAUGGUGAUGCACAGCUUUCAAUACGAGUGCUAACUGUCUGUCGGCCUCAGACUGCUGUAAGACAGGGGAGACCUGCAGGCUGUACCCUGUGACCUCCACAAUACAGCGCUCUGUCUGGGGUCAGCUGAUUCCUUUCAUUGUCACAUUGGCAUAACCUUUGCUGGUGAAUUUCAAGCCUGUAAUUUACUGCUGUUGCAUUGGGCAAAGCAAAGUGUAUUGGGCAGGGCUUCAAGCUGAAAACAGUAUGGAACAGAGUACACAGUCUGCACACCGUUUCAUCUGUCUGUAUAUAAUAACUGUAUGCCAUUAAUAAAUAUGGAUCAAUCUAA